GAACACCUGACGGAGAAUUUUGGACCGAGGCCGGCGGCUUGUCAGAGGAUGAAGGCACUACAUCACUGGACAACCUGGUAAACUGAACUCUCCGAGAUUCAGCCAUCACAACUCACAACGCAAGCAGACUCUGCCAGGAGAUGCAGACACAAGACAUGCAGUGGAGGUUCUUCACCACACGGGGGCGUUGGAGGUCCAUGGGGAUGAGCGCACCAUACUCCACACUGCCUCCCUCUGCAUCUUCACUUCGGCCCCGCCGCAGCCCGGGCGAGCAUGGACAGUCGGGUACUCGAGCAUCCUCACGCCCAGUUCGGAGGCUCCUUGGGCGGGCUGGUGGGCUUCCCGUACGCGCUCGGCCCCCAUCACCACCACCACCACCAUCACCAGCACCUCUACGAGCUCGCCAACGGACACCAGCUGCAGUCCUCGGGCGCCGUCCCCUUCUCUAUAGACGGAUUACUUAACGGCUCCUGCUCGGCCUCGGUGGUCAGCAACAACUCGCUGCUCUCGCCCGACAGCCAGCAGUUCAAACUCUCAGAUUCUGGGGACGCGGAUAAGGACAGUCCCGGUUGUAAACGGAGACGCACGAGGACGAAUUUCACCGGGUGGCAGCUGGAGGAGCUCGAGAAGGCUUUUAACGAGAGUCACUAUCCGGAUGUGUUUAUGCGGGAGGCGCUCGCACUCAGGCUUGACCUCGUGGAGUCCAGGGUUCAGGUUUGGUUCCAAAACCGACGUGCUAAAUGGCGAAAAAAGGAGAACACAAAGAAAGGGCCGGGGCGGCCUGCUCACAACUCCCACCCGACCACGUGCAGCGGCGAGCCCAUGGACCCCGAGGAGAUCGCACGCAGGGAUCGAGAGCGGGCCGAGAAGAAGAAGCGGAAGCAGGAGAGGAAGCUGCUGAAGUCACAGAACAAACUUCUCGCAGGCGACAGCUUCCACACGCCUGGAGGUUCAGAGAGUGACAGCGGGGUCUCCCAGUUCACUGACAGCGAGCAGCAGUCUUCAAGUUGUAGUGGGUCUAUUCACAUUGAACUGCCAGCAUCGAAGUGCGCAGGAGGACACCAAACUGAAUCCAGCUGUGACCAAACACGACACGACUUCAGCCAACUACAAAACCACCAAAACCAAAGAACUACGGGAGAACCGGAGCAGGUGUCUCCAGGCAGCACGCACAGCUCCAGUCCUGGAGGGCCGAGGUCCUCUGCCCUGCAGAAACGCAACCCUUUCAGCGUGGAGAGCCUCCUCUCUGACGCCACACCUCGACGGAAAUCUCAGCUGGACUUCCCCUCAUUGCCCAGUCAGAGGACACUGGUGGGUAAAGGGCACUUCUUGCUUUACCCCAUUACCCAUCAGCCCUUGGGCUUUCUUGUGCCCCAAACAGCGCUGAAGGCCCCCCUGUGUCAGGACAACAGCAUUAACAGGCUCAGCCUGGGACAGAGGUGUGCGCCAAGUGAAGGGAGCCCCGCUCCCUCUGACCUCUCCGGCUUUAUCACUAAGCCUCUAAACUCGGAUCAUACGGAGCAUAACACGCAGCAUCACCACAAUCACAUUAGCAAUAGAGUGGAUGGAACAGACACGGAGGAGUGUGGUGGUGGUGGUGACUGCAGUAAUGGAAGAUUCCCCGUUUCUCCUCCAGCAAACAGUGUGGCUCAGACGGCUGUGGCCCGGCUGAGCUUCACACAGCCCAGGGACAGUGGGGAGGAGAAGAGUUUGAAAGUUCUAACGGCGGCAGCGACCAACGACCGCCACGCUGCCGAGCUGUGUGCAAAAGAGAAGGGGGCAAACGAGGAGCGAGCGUCUCCAGACCUCUCCGAGUGUCUCAAGGCAAACACAGACUGUCAAGAAACACCCGGAACAGAUGGAGAGGAUGUCGAUAUGGACUAACACUUGCAAGGAGCAAACAUAAACAAAAAGGACCAGGAACAGCGCUCAGACUAUUCAAACAUUCCCAAAGCUCUGCUGAGACACUCAAAAACAUAUCAGGAAUCAGGAGACUUUAUUUAUCAUCUAUUUUUUAAUCAUAACGUGUGAUCAAUCCAGAUGCCCCCCCCC